UCAGUACACAUCCAGCCUCCGUGAGCCGCAUUCAACGCCGCGCCAUGUGCUUCCUGCUGCUCAUUUAUCUCCUCUUAUCGGCCGACGUCGCGGACGUUAGUACGGAGGACGUCGACUGUCAGGUUUACAAUCACCUUUACGUCUGCCUGGCGAACGGCGGCGCGCUUCACGGCGUCGCCUUCGAGGACGUCAACGCCGUCCAGACAAUCGAGGACAUCGAGCUGCAUCUGGAGAACCUCGGGAUCGUUGACAUCGCGAGGAACGCAUUCGCCGAGGUCACCAACUCGUCCGCGCUCUACGUCCGCGACAAUCGGCUGCCGUUCCUCGGCCGGCACUACUUCGCCGCGCUCGAUCAGCUCACGUACUUGGACCUGCGGAACAACACGAUCUCCGACGUCGAGGAGGCUGCGUUCGCGAGACUGGCCAACCUGGAGACUCUGCUGCUGGACCACAACAACAUCUCGGUCCUGCGCCCGGGCGUGUGGAAGGGCCUCACGGAGCUGCACGAGCUCUACAUCACCAACAACCGGCUCGUGCUCAGGAGGAAUGUGUUCAAGGGGCUUAGACAGCUGGAGACCUUGGUCCUGGACUCCAAUGACAUCGCGGAGAUACCGAUCGGCGUGUUCAAUGGCUUGCCGCAUAUAGACCUUCUCUAUCUGUCGCGCAACAGGAUCUCGUCGCUACACCCGGACGUGUUCCGCGGCCUCGGCGAGAUAAACGAGCUCGACCUGGGCAGGAACCGGCUCAAAGCGAUCCCCGCCGGUAUCUUUCGGCAUAUGAAGUCCCUAAACUCGCUUUGGCUCAACGGCAAUCAGCUAACUGUGCUCGAGCCCGAUGUCUUCCUCGGCCUGGACAAUCUGCUGUUCCUGUUUCUCAACAACAACGAGCUCCGUCACGUGGACAUGGCGGCUUUCGCGAGGAUGAGGAACGUGACGGUGGAUCCCGGGUUCAAGAUACGAGGCUCGUUGGUGGAGGAUCUCGGCAGGCUCCACGGCCGAUAUCAAUGCAGCAGUGCGGCGUAUCAGUUGCCGUACGACUGUGCGGAAGUCGAUUCGUAGACUCGUAGAGGAAUCAAGGGGAUAGAACUUGCAAACGAGGCGCUUUUAUAUGCACAAUCUACGUGAGGGAAAGCGAAAGAAAGAGAGAAAUUUCAGGAAAUGACGUACAUGUUCGCGGGAAAAAAUUAUCGUCAGAUAUAAUUCCAUGACGAUUGGGAUGAUGAUUUAACGUUGCGAGCGUAAAGUAACUGAUCCUCGGACACUCGUUACGAAUUUAUCGUAGAUACGUAUGUAUGUUUUCCAAGAUAUGUGGGCGAGCCUGUGGCGCUUUUCGGAGGAGAAAAUUGCGUGGGCGCGAUGCAACGUGCACCUUGCAAAAAUUAAUAUACUCACUUCAGCUCCACGUACUCUAAUUGGCUGCCAUGAGGCAAAAGUAGUGACUAGUUGAGCUUGAAAGAUGUGCGGAAAUUCAGCGGAAAAGCCAAAUGUGUGAAAACGCAAUCGUAACGAUCGCGUUUUACCAUCGUUCGCUUCAUUUCACCACCGUUCGCGUUUUGCAAAGUAGGAUUUGGCUUCGUUUGAUCUCGUUUCCUGCAAAAACUACGAGAACGGAUAUCGCAGGACGGCCGCGCCGUCCCGGCGUGCGAUAAUCACUUUAUUGAUCCUUCGUGCUUUCCGCAGGC